UGACGGUAACGAGCGCCGGUACGUGACGCAUUUUUAUAGGUUAGGGAGGGUUUCUUUCGUCCGCGAAGCUUUCUGUACGCGAACGGCCGCACGGACGCGCAAUGGCCGCCAUGUUCGAAACGCAAAGUCGCUUUUUUCCCGUAGAUCAGCCGGGUCUGUGUUCUCUUUCUUGCGCUCUUCUUACUUUCAACAUUAAAUAUCUUGUGUCAUCGAGCGAGCGAGAUAAAAAUCACGUCGAAAAAAAUUCUACAAUGAAGUAGGUAUUAAAAAAAAAAGAAAAUAUUUCGUCAUAUCUAUAUUCAUUAAUGAAACUUACUUUACACUUCACCGGACAUUUCGUUUCGCACACUUUUUAUCGCGGUCAUUCAUAUCGAGAUAAAAAAAUCGAUUUAUAAAACGCGCUUCGAAAAUAUCGCCCACAUCCGGUUAUUUCUUCGAUUAAAGAGAAAGAAAGAUAGCAAUUUAAUAAUAAUUUGAGUACAUAUCGGAAUAACGCGCACAUUGAUGAUCCGAAUCGCGCGGGCGACGCGCCGCCAUGACAGUUCGCGCGCAUGCCGGUGUUCCACGCAAGUUAUAAAUUGGCACGGCGGACACACAGCGAAUGUGACGUCAUCAAUGGCAGCUACUACUGUGUUAUCUGUAUACGCAACGGGUAGCGCGGCUGUUACGAGAAGGUAACGCUAAGAGACGCCGAUUGUUGUUUUUCGCACGAAGCUGUGAUCAAACGCGCGAAAAAUGGGCUCGAAGAAACACAAAAAGCAUAAACGCGAGAGACACGAAGGAAUGUUGACUACGUUUUCACCACGGACAAACUGAGAGUGAGGUUGGAGUAAAAGUGAGGUGGAUUCGAAAGUAUAAACGAAGCGUUCCACAGCAACAGGCGUGACGUAGAAAGGGUCAGUAUACAACGACGGACAAGCAGCCUAGCUUGAAGUUAAUCUUGAAAGUAGGAGGCAAUACUGGAACGCCUGAACACGGCAGUGAGUCGCCGAGUCAGACCACGAUGCUGUCGCAACAUUACCAACAACAACUGGGCCUCAACUAUUCUGUCAGUCAAGGAGACACAGAAUACGACAGAUAUGUCGGCCACAAGAAGCUUAAAAAAAAGAAGAAAAAGAAAGAUAAACGACAUAAACAUCAUCAUAAGGACAAGAAAAGACGAAAAGAAGAAUCGAGUCAGGAAUCAGUCGGCGACGCUGACGAAAAUUUAGCCGAGCCAGUACCUAAGAAGAGCUGUACUAAUCACAAUCAGUUGUUACCACUUAGGCCACCGCCAAGUGGCGAAUUAAGGGUAGGCGUUAGUAGUAUAAGCUCUCUAUCACCACAUCGUGAACCUAGGACAUGCGUUCUUAGAAAAAUAGCAGAGCGCACGCCUCUCCAGAGAUUGCUGGAACACUUGUUGCGGUCAAUGGAAAAGCGAGAUCCACAACAAUUUUUCGCUUGGCCAGUUACGGACAGUAUCGCGCCCGGUUAUUCUCAGAUAAUCACAAAUCCCAUGGAUUUCAGCACGAUAAAACAAAAGAUAGAUGACAACAACUAUCAGAAUCUGCAAGAAUUUAUAGAUGAUUUCAAGCUCAUGUGUGAUAACGCUAUGACUUAUAAUCAUUCUGAUACUAUUUACUACAAGGCGGCGAAAAAACUGUUGCACGUCGGUUUGAAAAUGGUCACUCCCGAGAAAUUACGACAGCUCAGGCCAGUACUGAUGUACAUGAACGAUAUAACGAAAGAGGAGCUUGGAUUCGAAUUGGGCGUCGAAGAUCCCAACAAUAUGGAUGUUCCCGUAACGGAGGAGCAGAUCGAGCGAGAGCGUGAACAAGAGGAACGCAAUGAAGAGGCAGAGGAACUUAGGAAGGAAAAUCAGAGAAAAAUGAGACUGGCUAGUUUAGGCAAAUUCGAGGCAAUACCGGAUGACUUGACACCCGAAGAGAUACUGAAGCAAGCGAGAGGAGCAGCCAAAGCGGCGACGGAGAAACUCAGUCUGAAGAGAGCUAACUCUAAGAUGGGUUUUCUGCGACAGAAGAAAGACGGCACUACCAGUCUGCAGAUUAUUGUACCCGGAGACGGAAUCAUUCCUGGGACCAAUCAGAGACCUGUGUCGCUAGGUCAAUUGAUAGGCAAGUUGAAUCAUGGCACAGGAGCAUUGGCUGGAUUUCGAGAGGAUCGUAGAAACAUGUCGAAGCCGGUGAAACCACUGUAUUACGGGGCAUUUGGUUCGUACGCACCAAGCUAUGAUUCGACGUUUUCUAAUCUUACCAAGGAGGAAACCGACUUAGUCUAUCAAACUUACGGCGAUGAAACGGCUGUACAAUAUGCUGAAUCAAUUCUGGACUUCGCCAAGGAUUGUGAUUACACAUUGACAAUGGUCGACGAUCUGUUGGACAUUCUCACAAGUGGGGAUCAUCGAAAGACAAAGAAGUUUCUUGAGGAAAAACGAAAAUUGAAGGAAGAAGAGGAAAAAAUCAAGCAUAUACUAGAAAAGCCUAUACAGGACAUGAAUCGUAACAUUUCGACGCUGGAUAAAGUCAAAGUUGAUAUCGAACAACUGAAGACACUUUCGGAACUCGGUAUCGACAUAAACUUCUUAGAGAAUUUAGAAGAGGAAUUUAAAUACAGUGAAGAACGCGCCGUUCUACAGAAUCGUCUAGAUGACACAUCACAGAUGCUGAGCCGGUUGAAACAAGUCCAACACGAACGUUUGUCAGCGCCACCGCCGGCACAUCUGUCCAAUGUUCCUAAAGCGGGAGAAGCUGAAGUAAUAUUGGCCGAGAAGAUCACUGAUAAUCUGACCGACAUAGCGAAGAAACUGCCUCCGUCGGCGAUUGCACCAGUUGAUGGGUUGCGUAGGGCGAUGGGCAUAGCACCUUUGGGUGGACCAGAGCCCAUGGAAGUCGAACCGAUUACGCAUAAUCCUACUAUAGUCGCCGAUAAUUCGUUACUGCCGCCGAAUACGAACAAUGGAACUAAUCAGGUGUUGUCAAACCUGCUGCCAACUUCUCCGAUUCAGAAUACGAAUUUAUUAAGCCCGACUGGUCAGCAGAAUCAGAAUAUCAGUAUUGUAGGCGCGACUCAGCCGCCGCCGCCGAUUCAGAUGCAAAUCGGUAUGACACACAGUAGUCAGACGCCGCCAUCCUUGUUGAGCGCGACGGAGCCAUCCGGCGUAACCGAUCUCGAGUCUGAACUGCGCGAAUUUCUAGAAAGCGAUCCCACAUUGGGACAUUCGCCUCUUCAUGACGAUAAAACGCUAGAGGAUAUUUUGUCCGAAUCUUAGUGCAUGUUCUAAUCUGAGUGUGUUUUGCAAUAUAUAUAACUUAUAUAUAUAAAUAGAUAUAUAAAUUAUAUAUAUAAAUAGAAAUAUAUAAAUUAUAAAUAUACAGAAUUCUGUACAUUUCAUUAUCAACAUGUCAAUUUUUUCAUGUAUGAUUUAAUAAAUUGAAUUAUAUAAUUCUGUGCCUUAUUUUAAUCAUUUUAUUUUAAUUUUUUAUUUUAUCCUUUCUUUAUCAAGAAAGCAAUGUUAUGUUUUGAGAUGCAAAUAAUGUUAGAAAAAUGAUUUUAAGUAAAUAAAAUUUAAUUUAAAAAAUGGCACAUAGAGUUAUAUAUUUUCUUUUUUGAUUUAAGAAGACAAAACGACACAUUUAAGAUUGACAUUAUGAGAGACAUGUUAGAUAUUUAUUUUCUUAUAGUUUUAUAAAGAAUGAAAUACACUAUAUAUACAGAUUUUAUUUUGUUUUUAUAUAUACAUCUAUUAUUUUGCGUAUAAUGGCUUAUUUGUUAUGCAAUGUUUGCAAAAUGUAAUUUACACAUAUCGAUAUCCGAUAUUACGUGUUGCAUUAUCAAAGAUACAAUGUUGGUCCAAUGUUUUAUCCAAUAUAAUACUUAGUGUGUAUAGGAAUAUCUCGAAGUAUGUGCAUAAAGGAAAUGCAUAACAUUAAAUAUCGAUCACUGAUAAAUGCAAUGCUAUUAUAUUUUGUGUUUCAAAGCAUAAUCGAAAGAAGACGAGCAACAAUCGCAACUAAACUUCAAUCAUACGUGAAAUAAAUUGCGGCACAUUCGAUGAAGCGGAUAAUACUUUGAAAUAUAUUAUUUAUGUAUAUCGUGCAAUAUAAUGUACAGAUACUGAUAUUCUGUGAAUGUUCCAAGUUUCAAGGAGAUUAAUACGUGAUUCAAUUCUCUAAACUCGAAGUUGAAACUACGGGAUUAUAUUAGUAGGUAGAAACUUUAAGCACUUUGUGAGAAUCGAAGGGAUUAUAAUUCAAGGUACAAUCUUCAAUUUUAACUUUU